UUGUUUUUUUGUUUUUAUGCUAGAGGAAUAUCCGUUGAUUUUCGUUCUAUCUGGUUUUCUUUUCAGGUCAACUAUCUGGGCCGAGAAGCAAUCUUCACUCCUGAACAAGUUCUUGCUGCUCUACUCACUAAACUGAGGGAUAUCAUUGAAAGUCAGAUGAAAGAUGUUAAGAAAGUGACAGAUUGUGUAAUUACGGUGCCUUCUUACUUUACGGAUGUGCAGCGACGUGCUGUGCAUGCUGCUACCCAGUAUGCCGGUUUGAAUGCACUUCGGGUAAUGAACGAAAGCACUGCCAUAGCGCUUACAUAUGGUGAGGAAUCUAUAAACAAGAUCUUCCUGAGGAAACAGCUAAACCGCGUUAUGUGGUUUUCUUGGAUGUUGGUCAUGCGUCUACUCAAGCGAGUAUCGUCGCGUUCCACAAGGGGAAACUGCAGGUAAUU